CCUCAGUUUCUCGGCUACCAAACUCCGCGGCGAGGAGAAAUAGCGUAAACCAUGACGACAAUCAGCCUUCGCAAGGGGAACACCAGACUCCCACCGGAGGUGAAUCGCGUGAUUUACGUGCGCAACCUCCCAUUCAACAUCACGAGCGAGGAGAUGUACGACAUCUUCGGCAAGUACGGCGCGAUUCGCCAGAUUCGCAUCGGCUGCAACAAGGACACUCGCGGCACUGCUUUCGUCGUCUACGAGGAUAUCUACGACGCCAAGACCGCCGUCGAUCAUCUCUCCGGCUUCAAUGUCGCGAAUCGGUACCUCAUCGUGCUGUAUUACCAGCAGGCGAAGAUGAGCAAGAAGUUUGAUCAGAAAAAGAAGGAAGACGAGAUCGCUAAGAUGCAGGAGAAGUAUGGAGUCUCUACCAAAGAUAAGUAAAAAAAAAAAGCAUGUUUGAUUCGAGCGUCAAUGGUGUCCCUAUUACGGCUGCGAUUUAGGGUUUAAUUCUGGGGAUAUGCAGUCGAUGGAGUUGUUUUGAGCUCCGGAACUUGUUGAAUCUUUGUCCUUUUUAUCUACCAGGCAAUGAAAUAUGAUUUUUUAACUCCAAA